UUCCAACCCAAAGCCGCUCCGAGGGCACUGCUCGCGGCUCCAGGCCGACCCGGAAAUCUUCUCCUCCACUUUCUCCUCCUCCUCCUCCUCCUGGCCGUGGGGUUCCGGAGGCGGCUGGGCGCACGCAGGUACCGUGGUCCCCCGGUCGGGCCGAGCCGGGCGGCGGGGACAGGUCCCGGCUAGGGGUGAUGGCUCGGCGCGCCCCGUCGCCAUGACGACGGCGCCACAGCGGGCGGGAGGGAGCGGUGGGGGAACUAUGUCCGACGAGCUGCCUCCCCCUGGCUGGUGCCUCCGGCAGGGAGCUGCCAUCAGUGCCUGCCUGGGGCCGCUUUCUGCGGAGAGAUGGCCCCUGGGGGGAGUGGGAAGCAGCACGAGUGGGUAUGAGGGCCCCACAGGCCAAGGGAGCUGCCUGUUCUUCCUGACAGGAACAAUGCACUACUGCUUUAAGACAAAGACUUCAUGGAUAGAUAUGAAAUCCUUAAAAAAAUUGGAGAAGGAUCUUUCGGCAAGAUUUUCUUGGCAAGAGAAAAAGUGGAUAAUGAGCAAUGUGUUAUCAAAGAGAUUGAUUUAACUAAGAUGCCUGUGAAAGAAAAAGAAGCCUCUCAGAAAGAAGUUGUUCUUCUGGCCAAGAUGAAGCAUGCAAAUAUAGUAACCUUCUAUGCUUCUUUGCAAGAAGAGAACAAGCUGUAUAUUGUCAUGGAAUACUGUGAUGGUGGAGAUUUAAUGAAGAGGAUAAAUAUGCAGCAUGGAGUACUGUUUGAGGAGGACCAGAUUUUGAGUUGGUUUGUACAGAUCUCCCUGGGCUUGAAGCAUAUUCAUGACAGGAAGAUUUUACACAGAGACAUAAAGUCACAGAACAUUUUUCUUAGCAGUAAUGGAAAGGUAGCAAAGCUUGGAGACUUCGGCAUAGCAAGGCAGUUGAACGAUACUAUGGAGUUUGCCUCUACCUGUGUAGGGACCCCCUAUUAUCUGUCACCAGAGAUCUGUGAAAAUCGACCAUAUAACAAUAAAACAGAUAUUUGGUCUCUUGGCUGUGUGCUGUAUGAGCUAUGUGCACUAAAGCAUCCUUUUGAAGGCAACAGUUUGCACCAGCUGGUGCUGAAGAUCUGCAGAGGGUAUUUUCACCCAGUGUCUCCCAACUAUUCAUAUAAUCUGAGGAUGUUAAUUGCUCGGUUGUUUAAAAUAUCUCCGAGAGAUCGACCAUCUAUCAAUUCUAUUUUAAGGGAGCCCUUCUUGCAGAAGCUUGUUCUCAGACAUUUGCCCCCUGAGGAAGAACUCAGUCACGCUGUGAUACAUAGAAGAAAGCCUUCAGGAUCACAGCCUGAAGCCAAACCGAUGCCGGUUUGUAAGCUUCGAAGGAGAGUCCAGGACCAAGUUCUUCCAGAAUCUGGAAUGGUGGUACCUAUCACAACACAGGAAUUAUUUCAAAGAAAUGAAUGGAAACCUUCUUCAGGAGGGCAACAGCUUCAGCCACAGAGCUCCAGAUUUAAGAUGGCAGAAAGGCCAGAAAAUAUUAGAGUACAUGGCCAUUAUGGUCAUUACUAUGAUAAACUCGACAAUUUGCAAAGGAAAAUUAAUGCAUGUUAUGACCUUUCUCGCAUCAGCCAAAGAGCAGAGGAAUACUAUAAACUAAAAGGACAAAUUGCUCCUCCACCCCCCCCACCUGACUGGCCUGCAGAAUACCUUCAAAGGCGCUUUGAAGCCCAGCAGUACAAGAUUAAAGUGGAAAAACAGCUGGGACUGCGACCAUCCUCUGCUGACCCGUAUCAUGACCAAAUGCCGAUGCAAAAAAUAGAUGGGGAGCAUCUCAAAAUGCAUCAGCAGGACAUGUCUAGAAAGAAUGAAAUGAAAGAACAGGAGUACCUGAAACAGUUACAGAAAAUUCGUGAAGAAUAUCACAGUAAUAUGAAAGAAUUCAGAUUAAGAGCAAGAGUACUCCAGGAGAAUCAAAAAGAAAAAGAUAAAACCUUUCUGGUGAGGCAAGGAAAAGCUGAAGAUCAGUCUGAAACCAAGGAUACACCUGAAAUAAGAGAAGAAUCACUUGAGGACAUGGAAAAAAACUUUAAACAGGUCAGACUCCAGGACAGGCAAGACCAAAACAAUUUAGAGAAGAAAUACAGCAGAAAGGGAGGAGUAAAAUUUGAAAUUAACUUAGAUGUAUGUGUUCCUGAGGAAAACAGCAUUCAAGAAGCAGAGGUACGAGAUAAACUCAACGAGAUGUUAACGUUUGUGGAUAGUGAGAAUCUUGAAGACAAAUUGUUGAAAGUUUAUGAAGGUCCUGUGGACAGGGCUUUGGGAGAAUUAUCUGGAUACCAAACAGAGUCCAGUGAUACAGGUGAUUCUGAAGAAAACAGAAAGCAUUGGCAAGCUGGAACACCUCAGACACUACUGAAUUUUUUAACCAAUGCUCAUAGUUCACCUGUAUGUCCUACUAUGGCUGAAAAUGAACUUUCUGACCAUGUUAUUCUGCCUGAAGACAUCACAGAAAACAGGAAGCAGUGGAAACAAACAGCUCCAGUGACACUCCUGAGCGUCUUAGCAAAAGCAGAGCUGUCUGAUGAUUCCUUCGUCCAGCUUGAGGAGGAAAUAGAAGAAAGCAAGGAAGACGAUUCAGAAACAUGUUCCUGUGUUGCUGUUGGUGAAGGCAGACUUGAGCCAAGAUCAGAGGAUGAAGACACAAAUUUUGAAGAUCCUAGAGAUGAACUGAGACAUGAGCUGGAAGUGGUAACAUCUUCAGCAGAGAGAAGCAUAGAGUCUUCUGUGCUUUCAAUAAAUAAAGAUCAAACUCAUGAAGAAAGUACAAGCUUACCUAGCAAACUACUUGGGAAAUCGAAUGAUGAUUUAGAAAGUAACUGUGGGUCACUUAGUUUAGAUACAAAUAAUGAACAAAGCAAGCAGCAGCUCCCUGGAGCACAAGAAUGAUUACUGUUUCAGAACAAAAUUUUCCUGGAACCACCAACCACAUCAGUAAAAAAAAACAGAACAGGUAGCUGACAAUAAAUUCUAGGUAAAUCAAUUGCUUUUCAACAGCGUUAAACAAUUAAGAUGUUUUUUUUUGUUAUCUUUAAAGGAAAAAAUAACAGACUACUGUUUAGAUUAUUACAUGUUGAUAAACCCUGAUCCAGAAUGUAAUGCGCUUUUCUGAUUAAUCUAAACUACCUGGGACACCUCUGAGAACGCUUGCUCGGGCAACCUUCUAAUUGCAUACUCUGCAGCCAGUCAGCAUAUUUUAUUUUCAUAGACCAAUCCAUGUCCCAUUUUCAGAAGCUUUUCCAGCUUUUCAUAAUCUCUUUGUACCACCAGUACACCUCUGUAUUUCAUAGAGUUUCAUUUAUACAGCACUGUCCGCACGUAGUACCUCCAACUCAGCAGAUUUAUGCAGCAGCAGUAAAAGGGCUUACUUGCACUAUAAGGAUUGUGCAUUCCGGUUCCUAAUAAAACAUAAGACAGGGUUCCAAUGGUUGAACAUGGGUUUUUCCAGCCAUAUUUUUUUCACAUACAAAAUGUCAUCAACCUAAAACACUGCUGUGAUGGCUCAAAAAAAAACAAAAACAAAAACAAAAAAACAACAACCAUGUUUCUCCAUUUUGGAUAUGAAAACAGAUGCCUAAUAUUUUAACUUUUUGUUCACUUGGUUCUCAGUGUUAUAAUAAGCAUUAUUUUAGGUUGUGAAGUUUGUAUUUGUGUACUAUCUAAUUAUGGUCUCUAAUUUAGACCCUCCUAUUCCCUGGGAACAGAAAACCUUUCAGUAGAGUAGAGCUAGAGAAAUACCAUGUCAUACUGUAUAAAAGGACAUGAGGAAACAGCUAAUGUAAGCAUUGACAAUUAUGACACUUACUAAAAAAGCAAGCUAGCAAACACUGUAUUAGAACUGCUGUAGGUAAUGAAAUCUCCAUUCAACCCUAUUUGAGAAACAGCUGCUUACAUUUUUCUUCAUUAAAAAAUAACUGCAUUUUCCUUUUCA